AUGUCGUGCAUUGCUUGUAUUGCAGUACUUUCUCUACUACCUACCAUCACCUAUGCGCAUACAAUAUGUUCCAAAAGCGAUAAAAUGAAGGAUCAUCAGGUGGCCAAAUUUUUAGACAUGCACAACUAUAGAAGGGCAAUGUUAGCAAAAGGAGAGGUCGUAAAGGGCAAUGGAAACUAUAUGCCACAGGGUGCUAACAUUCGAAAGCUGACAUACGAUUGCGACUUAGAAGAACGCGCUAUUGAUCGGGCAAUAGGUUGUUUCAAAACGAAAAUUGCCCUUGGUUCCGGCGUUGGCGAAAAUACUGCACAAGUCGCUUUAUCAUCCGCCCCUGAUAAACUGACAGCCAUCCACAAUGGUGUAACAUCAUGGUGGAAGCAAUCCAGAACUGGACCAAACAUUGGCAAUAAAGUUUAUUACAGGACUAUACACACUCCUUCUGCCGAAUUUGUUAGGAUGGCCUGGGCUACAACAUCUAAGAUUGGGUGUGCCGUACACAAAUGCAGUAGUUUCUACGCUGUUGUAUGUCGAUAUGCUCCAAGCGAUGUGCAAUUUGAGGAGCAAAUUUACAAACCAGGAAAGCCUUGCAGCUCUUGCCCAGAUUCAUGCGUAGAUGGAGUGCUAUCGGCUAUAUUAGCCGUCUCUAACGAACGCACGUCUCUGCUGAAUGCAGAGAUCAUUUAUCAUCGUGAACCAAUCUGCUGCACAAGGUUCCUUUCUUAUAACUCCAGCUGUUGUCCAAAACAGGGCAGUGAAAUUAUAUGCCUUCUUUGGAACCGAUCCUCACGCAGCUCUGUGAUACACCGAUUGGGCCCGGAAUUGCAGUUUGGUAACACCAAGUCCUAA